AUGAAGAAACAUCCUACUACAGGAUCUUGCUCCCGGCAAGAUUCUGGUAGAUCCAGAAAUAAUCAUAAUCGUAGCCAUUCUCAUAAGAACAAUUCUGCUGCUGCUGCUGGGAUCAACAAUAAUAGUAGAAACAGAUCUGCUCCGAAUUCUGGAAUUAAUAUCGAAUGUGCAAGUUCUGAACAGGGUUUUACUCCUCAACAACAAAAGGCCAUCAUUCAGCACUUGUUGAUCACUAAGAAUUCUGCUCCCAAGAAAGAUUAUUCACACGUCCCAUGCAAGUUUUUCGUGCAAGGAAAUUGUCAAGCGGGAGAUUCCUGUCCCUUCUCUCACGAUUUGAACAAUUCUACGAGUGAACAAGUAUGUAAGUAUUUUCAGAAAGGGAAUUGCAAGUUUGGAAUGAAAUGUGCUAACGCACAUAUUUCUUCCAAUGGCACAAGAGUUAAUCCAAGAAGAUCAUCCUUGCCAAAUUCUUCGUCUGGUAAGAAUAAUUUCACUUUGACAACUCGGGUACCAGAUGUCAUUUCGAAUGUCAAUUACAGGAAUCAGCUUGCUGCAGAGCAACAAGCGCACCAACAGCAAUCGUCGUUACAACCACAGUACUCAACGCCGCUUUCGAAUCCUGUCUCCUCCUUCAUGUGGACACCGGAGAACACUUCUCCGAUUGCUUACAAUAACUACACAGUUACUAAUACUGUUCCAAUGUCAGAACCCAAUUUCAAUUCUGCCGAAUUAAGCGUACCUUCAAUGUUUGCUUACCACUAUGAAAACCCAUCUAGCUCUCAAAGUAGUCAUUUUUCAAGAAGAAAUCAAGAAUUCCCUGUUGCAGACGGGUAUUCUAUGCACGAACUUCAAUUGGAAGAGACGCUUUUGCCCAAUGAAUUAUCUGAUUUAUUGACACCAAAUGAAUUCAAACGCAGAGAAUCUUUUAAAAUGUCCAUGAUGGGUAAUAAGCCAUUGUCUGCUUCGAAUUCUUCGUCCUCAAUGAGUACUGAACCAAGGUUAUCUUAUUCCUCUUCAUCUUCUGCAUCUGAUAAUGCUUGGAGAUCUUUAUCCAGUUCAAACUUGAAUCAAAAUUUGGAUUAUUGGCGUAAUUUGGAGCAGGUAGAAAAUAAUCUAAACAGAUUCAAACUAGAUGAACAAGAUGAAGAUCAAUUCAACGAUUACCGUAUUCUUCAUGGUCCAACUGUCCCACAGAUUAAAUUGACUGCUAAUGGUAAUAACAUUUCAGUCCAUGAGCCCAAUGAUUCAAACGAUACCCAGUUUUCAUUUGAUGAUUUACACGGUGGUAUCUAUUGA